AUGUACCAGAAAACCACUUCCGUUAAGCAGAAAAGUAUAAUACGCUGCAGAACAGUUUUCUGGGUUAAACCUCCAACUGUGAUUGGUCAAUUCCACACCCUUUUCUUUGGAUCAAUCCGAAUGUUCUUCCCUGGGGCACUCGGCUUUGCAGUUUAUGGGAAUGAGACCUUACACUUCAGUUGCGAUUCAGACAAAAGAGGAAUAAAUCUCAUCUGUUACAAUCAGUUCAGGCCAAUCUCUCCAUAAGUUAAGUAUUUCUUUGUUCUGGGCAUUACAACUAUGAUUGUCCUGGUUCCUGGAGGUAUAUUCCAUAUUUAUGCUGCAUGUAAAAGCAUCAAUCAAGAAAGCAUGCUUCAAAAGCCUAUCUACACUGUAAUUUAUAUACUCUCUGUUUUAUUAAGAAUUAGUCUAGAGGCAACAGCAUUUUGGCUUCAGAUUCAACUCUUUGGUUUCCAAGUAAAAUCUCUUUAUCUGUGUGAUGCUAGAUCUCUUGGGGAAAACAUGAUUAUAAGAUGCAUGGUUCCAGAACGCUUUGAAAAAACCAUUUUUCUCAUUGCAAUGUAUACAUUUACAGCACUUACAAUAGUAUUAUGCGCUGCUGAGAUUUUUGAGAUCAUAUUUAGAAGAUUAUACUUUCUAUUCAGACAAUGA